GAUAACAACCGUAACAAAUCUUACUCAGUCAGCACAGAGGCUGCAUUAAGUUCAUGACUCUGAAAUCGACCGGUGAUCAACAGAAAAUCCAUGAAGGGAAUAAGAUACAAUAAGAAAAAUGCGCGCCUAAAUCAAGUUUGAAGGGUCUCGAGCGCAAGGCUACGUGAAAAAUACAAAUAAAUUCUAAGCACAGUACCAAGGAUAUCCUAGAUCGUUUUUGAUGACAGGUGAAGGUGGAUGCAGUCUGAAGGAAGAUAUUUUAUCUUGACCAAGAUUUUUUUUAAGUCAUUGAUUUGACUUUACCUUUGAAACGACAUUUUUGUCUGGAGUCACAGAAGGGAGGUAUGAGUGGAGGUCGUUUUGAAUUUGAUGAUGGCGGAGCUUAUUGUGGUGGUUGGGAGGGUGGCAAAGCCCAUGGGCAUGGGAUCUGCACCGGACCUAAAGGACAGGGCGAGUUCUCCGGCUCCUGGAAUUACGGGUUUGAAGUAGUUGGAGUGUACACCUGGCCAAGCGGAAACACCUUUGAAGGCUUCUGGUCGCAAGGGAAGCGCCAUGGUCUAGGAGUUGAGACUAAAGGACAUUGGGUUUACAAGGGAGAAUGGACUCAUGGCUUCAAGGGGAGAUAUGGCUUGCGUCUGAGUGUGGGUAGUGGAGCAAAAUAUGAAGGAACAUGGAAUAACGGAUUGCAAGAUGGAUAUGGCACAGAGACAUAUGCUGAUGGAGGCACAUUUCAGGGCCAGUUUACUGGCGGUAUGCGAAACGGGUACGGAGUCCGUCAGAGCGUGCCCUACGGUAUGGCGGCGGUGGUUCGCUCCCCUCUCCGCACCUCCCUCACCUCCCUCCGCAGCGAGCACAGCAACGGCACCUUGCUCCAGCAGGAUGUCCCCGCCAUCACCACCACCAACGUCGCCGGCCAGGAGACCCGGGUCACCACGCCCACCCAGCUGGGGCCCUCCCGGGGCGGCUUCGCCCUGACACUCCAGGUGGACCCGGACGCCGUUAAACCCAAGAAGAAGGGCCUGUUCCGAAGGGGGUCUCUCCUGGGGAAACUAAAGAAGUCAGACUCCCGUACGUCCUUAUCCAGCGUGAAGAGCAAGUUAAGCUUCCUGGGAUCGAGGAGCGAAUCAGCGCUAAGUUCUGCUGCCAGCAAUGUGGCCUGUGAUGCCAACUCCACCAUCAGUCUGGGAGACGAGAGCCUGGCCGGGGCGGAUGAAUUCCCCCCCGUGGAGGCCGACAUCGAUGCCACCACCACAGAGGUCUACAUGGGGGAGUGGAAGAACGACAAGCGCUCGGGCUAUGGAAUAAGCGAACGGUCCAGUGGUCUGAGGUAUGAGGGUGAGUGGUUGGACAACCAGCGACACGGCUAUGGAUGCACUACCUUCACGGAGGGGGGCAAGGAGGAGGGAAAGUAUAUGAACAAUAUGCUGGUGAAGGCCAUGAAGAAAAGGGUGAUCCAACUGAAGGGCACCAAGAUCCGGCAGAAGGUGGAGCGCAGUGUGGAGGGAGCUCAGCGUGCCUCUGCCAUCGCCAAACAGAAAGCAGAGAUCGCUGCUUCCAGGACGACCCAUGCUAAGGCCAAGUCAGAUGCUGCUGAUCAGGCCUCUCAGGCCUCUAACCAGGAGUCCAGCGUCGCCAGGUUGGUGGCCAGGGAACUAUCCCCUUCCUUCUAUCAGCCAGGCCCAGAGUACAUGAAGAAGAGAGCGCUACAGGAGAUCUCAGAUGGCAAUGGGAACCCAGACCCUAUAAUGCAUGAGCCACUGUUAGCAGGGCAGCCACCGACACCCGCUGAAAGCCCAAUGCUGCCCGACAGGCCUGGCUACUCUCCAGCCCGCACACCCUCCCCCAGCCCGGCUGUGACCCAUCCAGCGUCCAGGCACUCCAAGCAGGGCAACGUCAGCAAAGAGGACCCCCAUCUCCUCGGCCCUGCUGGCUGGAACGGGGACAAAGGUGGUGGAAGUCGGGGGAGCAGCCGUCCCAAUAGCAGAACCAACAGCCGGCCCAGCACUCCCGCCCCUGCCGCUGCUCCCCCUGAAGAGCGCCUCGCUACUGCCCCCAUCCCUAGCAGCCGGGGGUCCUCCCGCGCCUCCAGCCGCUUGAGCAACAAGGUAGAGCAGGGCUCUGACCUGGAGAUCAAGCCCCUGGAGAAGACGGCAUCUGAGGCUAAAGUGUCCGAAGCUGCUCCCUCGAUAAGGACCAGUGUCGCCUACUCAGAAGAAGAAAAAGAAGCCCCACCCCCUUCUCCCGCCUCCAACGUGUCUUCCAAAGCUGCCCUCACCCCCAAGCCUAAAUCGGCAGAGCCCAAACAAAGAACAGAGUCGGUCAAUGAACGACCUGUGUCCACCAUAUCUGAGAGCAAACUAGAGUCCAGUGCCCAGUCUGUCAAUAAAGUGUCACCCAAGCCUUCGCCAUCACUCAAGCCAUUGACGAAACGGGAGGCCAGUCCAGCUUCAAAACCUGCCACACCUGCACCUACACCAGUGCCUAAAGCUGCCAAGCCAGCCCCUAAGGUUGAACACAAAGCGGAGGCCAAGCUGAUGAAGAUCAUGGUGAAGAGCCCAAGUACAAGUGAAGUUACAGAACUAGUAGAAUUUGAGCAGAGACCGAACACCAUCAUGAUAACCAUGGUGAUUCUGCUCAACAUUGGCCUGGCCAUUCUCUUCGUACACAUCUUGUCAUGAGACACUGUCGACCCAGGUCACCACCUUGCAGUGGUGUUGAGGUAAGAUGACCCACAUUUGUAAGCAAGGACCAUACAGAACAAAGAGACUGCCAAGAAACACACGCCUUAUGUGAAGGAAGCUGACGACAGCUCCUCCACACACAGCCUCUUGUUGAUGUGACUGUGUUGAGGCUCUUUAAGGCUAAUCUGCUUUUCAGAGGCUUGGAAUCAGAGGAUGCUGGUGGGAGGAGUUAUAGGAGGACGGGCUCAUUAAUGGCUGGAAUGGAAUUAAUGGAGCGGUAUCAAACACAUCAACCAUAUGGAAACC